AUGGUUGACGUGCGCACAGGCUCUGUCACUCCCAUCACUCCCACCUCUCCAACGCGCUCGCUCAGCCCCGAGUCGCCCCCGGACUCCCCCAGCGGCCGCACCUACCCGGUGGCAGUGGUCACGGCGGCCAACAAACAAAUCCGCAAGACGUGCAAGGGCGACGAGACGGUUCUCGGCUUGGACCCCGACACGCUCGUGUCCGCCUUGUCCCUUACCGUCCCGAGCGACACCAGCCCCGUCAACGUCCAUGUCGACUUUAACCCGCCCGUCCGCGCCGACCAGGUGCGCGCGACGUUCAAGCACGGCUCGAACGGCUGGUUCCUCGGGUUUGGCAAGGACCACCCGCGCUGGCCCAAAGUCAUCAACCCCAGCACGUCCAUCACCAUCCUCGCGCGCGGCGUGGCUGACCCCGUGUCCCCGUCGCCGCUGGACACCGACGCCGACGCCGACGCCGACGCGCUCGCCCAGCUCGCGGCCACCCCCGUCCACUGGGGGAUCACGGCGUACGGCCCCUCGGGGGACCGCAUCGACGGCCAGAACCACGCCGACACACCGCUCGCGCGCCUGUCGCACCGCUCGCCGGGGCCGUUCCCCAUGGCGUGGGACCUCGCGCUCGCACCGCAUUUCCCGCCGUCCCAGCCGCUCCCGAUUGCAGUCAUCCCGGCCAUCAACGGGCCCGAGUGGGUCGUGGGCUGGGGCGAGGUCUUCUUCCCGCCCGACGCGGACACGACCGCGCUCGCGGGUGUGCCGUGGGGAGUCGACCUGCAAGUCAAGGUGGGAAUCGACGGGGUGAAGGCGUUGGUGGAUGACGGAGCAGAGCCGGCGGAGACACAUGAGGCGGCUAUGGAGGCGGCGUGGGGUCCUCCGGGCGGGUGCGGGUGCGGUGAUGACCACUGCCAUGACGGGGGAGAUGAAGAGGCCGAGCACGAGCACGGCCACGAGGACAUCCGCAAGGAAGCUGAGCCCGAGGCCACUGUCACCACUGCCCCCCUCGAACCCAUCGCCAAGAUGGCGCCUGCGCCCCUCGCCGACAACCUCAUCAGCCUCAAGUUUACCUCAUCGGGCCGCAAGUACGAGCACACGACCGACGCCGAGGAGCUCGAGGAGGCCCUCACCGCAGACGAGGUGGUAGCCAAGGUCCACCUCAAGGUCGGCGGACCCAAGCCUGUCGAAUUCGACGUCGUCCUCGACCCGCCCCUCCCGGCCGAGCAGGUCCGCUUCACGUACCUCAAGGGCCCCGAGGGGUGGAUGUUGGCCAUGGGCGAGCCCCCCACGGGCGCCAUUGCGAAUGCCACAAAGACGGUCCGGCUGUUCGCGCAGGGUCUGGCGGCGCCGACGCUCGCUGUUCCCGCCAGCGAAGCGGCCAAGGCCGAACUCAAGAAGAUGGGCCUCGGCCGCGUGUCCAUCUACGACGGCGCCGAGGGCCAGGGCUACGUCCACGCGGGCCCGGGGUCCAUCUCUGCCUCUGCCUCUGGCGGCUUUGACCCGCGCGACAAGGGAAUCGACCCGCUCCGCGCCCAGCUGUCGCGCUGUGCGGGGUCGUACCCGCUCGCCUUUGACGUGGUGUACGCCCCGCCCAUUGCGUGGGAGGACAACUUGCUCAAGACGACGACGCACACCAACAGCCACCAGUGGUCGUUCCUGUACGGCAAGGACGCGCGCGAUGGGCCCGGCGCCGGUGCUGGGGAGGACAAGGUCGGCGCCGAUUGGGAGUGGCCCAUCAAGAUCAAGGUCAAGGUCGGCGCGCGCGGGGUGCUGUCUGCCGCCGCAGAGGACCAGAAGCGCAUGAAGGGCGGGUGUUGUGGCCAUGACCAUGGGGAGGGUCAUGGACAUGGUCACGAGCAUGGGCAUGGCCACGGCCACAAGCACGACCACGGGAAUGGCCACACGCACGACCACCCGCCUCCUCCUGAAGACGACGACGACGAGGCCCCGCAGCUCGUCCCCGCCGACGAGCCUGUUGUGUAA